AUGAAUGUUGUUCGUGUUCCUGUGAAUGCGUACACUAUUAGCAUUGUGAUCAAGUGCUGCUGCCAAAUGCACCGCACAAAUGAAGGAUUUGCAGUCUUAGGCUAUGGCUUCAAACACAAUAUAUUACCAAAUGUCUGCACCUUCAGCACCCUCUUAAAUGGACUUGUCCUAGAAGAUAGAGUUCUCAAAGCUGAAAGGUUAUUCAAGAAGCUGAUCAAAGAAGCACUUUGUGAACCUAAUGCAAUUAUGUACAGCAUUAUGAUUAAAGGACUUUGCAAAUCUGGUAAUAAUGAUACAGCCAUUGCUUUGCUUAAACUAAUGGAUGAAAAGGGUUGUAAACCUAAUGUGGUGACAUAUAACACCAUCAUUGACAGCCUUUGCAAGGACAAAAUGGUAGAUGAUGCUUUAAACCUCUUCAAUGAAAUGGUCUUCCACAAAGGCAUCCUACCUAAUGUUGUAACUUACACAUCUUUGAUUCAUGGCCUUUGUAACUUAUGUCGUUGGGAUGAUGUCUCUAAUUUGCUCAAAGAGAUGGAGGACGAAAAUAUUUCUCUAGAUGUUUAG